AUGGUAACAAUAUACAAUUUUAUAGUAUUGACCUCUGUCUUUGCGCUACAUGUGCAAGCAAUGACCGAAGAAUUUAACAUAACGAGUGAAUUAGAUGAGAACUAUGUGUCCAAAGUUUUGUCGAGGAAGAAAAGAUUUAUCAUUUUUCCCGAAGGAAGUUCCUUUCAGCUGGUAUUUUGCACGACAUAUCCAACAGUAACCAACAUUGGCGAUAUAAUAUUUUGGGGUAAUACAGCUGCACUAGCAUUUGAACUACCACAAGACCCGUACUCUCCUUUUAACCAUCGUGCUGAUCCUUUACAUAGAAGAAUGGAUACCAAAACUAUUUACUUCACAGAUUAUGAAGGAAAGGUUGUACACAAAAUGCCAUAUAAGAGAAGGCUCAUCGUGAAUCCAGCGUUUGCCAAGCGAAGCGUAGACUCGAAUUCGCAUCAAUUCAAAAACGGAGCUUCCGACGAAUUUAAAAUAGACAGGAGGCAAAUGCACGCUUCGAAACGCAAACGCGAGUUUUUGAAAGGCGAGCAGAUGGAGGCACAUAGCGUUGAAUUUCACAGGAGCAGCCGGGAUUCACUGUAUCAUAAAAUAGAGACAAUGUUACAAGGUUUCGGUAGAGACGGAAGACAAUGUUUGCUGAAAACACUGUGUUUGGUCGCGCAGACUCAGAACCAUCCUCAGGGAGAAUUCUUGCAAGAAAUCUUGAGAGCUGUAUUCACGUUACCUCAGUCUGGCGAUACCGAUGAAUAUUUGGAAGAAUACGACAUAGCAUCAAAAGCUACAGAAUCGUGCGAGAAAUUGUAUCCGGAAUGUAACGACCGCUUAGCUGACCUUAACACGCCAGCAUUUAAUUAUUGA